GAAAGAUUUGCCGACCUGGAUUAGCCCCAUGUAUCGGCGGAAAGGAAUGCUUAGUGCUUUGGAGAAGUCCCGCCCGCCUCCACAGGCUUAGCGAUAUAAGUACCCGUGGGUUUCUCGGCGCAGAUGCUGUCACCGGCAACCUGGCUGUCUCACAAUGGUGUCUUCUUGGUCAAUUCGAUUGCUCGUCGCUAAUCUAGCGAUUACUGGGGGAGUCGCGGGGGGCUGGCGCGAUGGGAAGUUCAAGACGUUAGUGACGUUUGGCGACAGUUACACGGAUGAGAACCGACUAGGAUACUUCAUCAACAACAAUGGUUCUGCACCACCUGUAGCAUGGCAGCAACCUGUGGGUCUAGCCACAGCCUCCGGCGGCCUCUCCUGGGCGCGAUACGCAAGCAUCUACUCCAAAACCAAUCUCUACAACUACGCCGUCUCAGGCGCCGUGUGCUCCAACGAAAUAACCCCCCGCUACUUCUCCGGCAUCGACGACUUCUUCCCCGACAUUGCCGGCUACGAACUCCCCGCUUUCAUCGCCGACUCCACGGCCACCACGUCCAACGGCACGCAAUUUUUCACCGGCAAACCCUCCUCCACUGUCUACGCAAUCUGGAUCGGCACCAACGACCUCGGUAACGGCGCCUUCCUUACCGACAGCCAAGCCCCCGGCAAGACCGUAGCCGACUACAUGGACUGCGUAUACUCGCAAAUCGACCGCUUGUACGAGAACGGCGGCCGGUAUUUCGUCGUUAUGAAUCUUGCGCCGCUAAAUCUUCUCCCUCAAUACCAACAAGCCGGUGGAGGCGGCCUCCAAUCAACACAGUACUACCCCAACACCCCCGGAAAGAACCUCACAGAAGUCCACGGCCGCAUGCAAAACACCGUCGCCGCUCUCAACCAAGUCUACGCGUACCGCACACCUUUUGCCGCGGAGAUCGAAGAGCGCUGGGAAGAUGCCAAGGUAGCUUCUUUCGACGUCAACGCCCUCAUGACGGAUAUGUAUUACAACCCGUCUAGUUACCUGAAUGGGACGGGCGCGCCGUUGAAUGUACAGGGCGUGGAGAGUCUGUGCAAUGAACAGGGAAGUAAUUGUACGAGCACGACGAGCCCGGAUAGUUUCAUGUGGUUUGAUCCAUUGCAUCCGAGUGAGCAGACGAGUCGGAUUGUGGCGAGGGAGUUUGUGGGCGUGCUUGGGGGGAAGAGUCGUUGGGCUAGUUAUUGGGGGUGUUAGCAAUGGACGGGGAGGGGAAAGGGGAUGUAAUGCGAUGUUGAGAUAAUGAUAUGCUGUAUAUGCUUAUGUUACAAACGCGAUUCUAUCUUGUAACCCUUCUCCUCAUCUAUAAUAUGAAUACGCCGUUCCGCU